GACAGGCUGUUAAGAUGCGUGGUAUAUUUGCUAGUUGUGCUCUGGCAGCAGCGCUGCUGGCUGUAACCUGGGCAGACCACCAUGACCACCAUCACCACCAUGACCACCAUGACCACCAUAGCCACAGCAGUGAGGGAGAGAUGAGCUGCCACAAGCUGUCCUCUCCCAACGCCGACUUUGGCUUUGCCCUCUACAAAAGUCUGAAUGCCAAGGCUGCAGCUGGGAAGAACAUCUUCUACUCACCGCUGGGCAUCUCCACCGCCCUGUCCAUGCUGUCCACAGGGGCCCGUGGUGAAACCCAAAGCCAGCUCUUCUCCUCCUUGGGCUACAGCGGUCAUGACCAGGCACAGAUCAACGAAGCAUAUCAGCAUCUUUUCCACAUGCUUGGCCACAGCCAGGAGGACCAGCAGCUGGAUGUCGGCAACGCUGUGGCAGUGCGCUCCGGCUUCACUCCUCUGGAGAAGUUCCUGAAGGAUGUCAAGGCUUUCUACUCCGGUGAGAGCUUCAACGUCGACUUUACCAAACCCGUUGAGGCUGCAGCUGAGAUCAACAGAUUCAUUGCCGGCAAAACACAGGACAAGAUUAAAGAUAUGGUGAAGGACUUGGACCCUGAAAUGGCCAUGGUGCUGAUCAACUUUGUCUACUUCAGAGGACAGUGGGAGAAACCCUUCGAUAGUAACCAGACACACAAGGCAGACUUCCAGGUGGACGAAACCACCAAAGUCCAGGUGGACAUGAUGAGGAGGAUGGGACGCUACGACUUCUAUCAGGACGCUGACAACCACACAACCGUCAUCAUGCUGCCCUACAAGGGCAACACCUCCAUGAUGAUCGUCCUGCCUGAUGAGGGCAAGAUGGCAGAGGUGGAGGGCUACAUCAACAAGGACUACAUUCAAAACUGGCAUGACAAGCUCUUCAGGAAUUCUGUGGAUCUGUUCCUGCCAAAGUUUUCGAUCUCCGCUGACGCCUCCCUGGACGACACACUUAAAGAAUUAGGAAUGACAAAUGCUUUUUCAGACAACGCUGAUUUCUCUGGAAUGUCUGAUGAGGUCAAGCUCAAAGUCUCAAAGGUGUCCCACCAGGCCGUGCUGAGCGUGGAUGAAACAGGAACAGAGGCAGCAGCAGGCACCACCCUUGAAGUCAUGCCCAUGAGUAUGCCCGACACCAUGACUCUCAACAGGCCCUUCCUGGUCUUCAUCCUGGAGCAUUCCACUAAGAGCAUCCUCUUCAUGGGCAAGAUCAACAACCCCGCAGCAAUGUAAAGACGCUAGGGAGAUGAGUGUUACAUUUGUUUGUUUUCACACUGCAGGACGUUUCAGUAGCUUCUGAACACUGUUUCGUCUUUUACCUCAGCAUCUGAAAGCCCCUGUAGAGAUGUCACAGUGAUAAUAAAUGAUCUGAUCUGCCAGCGAGUCUGUUAGUCUGUUGAUUCGUUUGUAGUCUGACAGCACAACACUACUACUACCAUCUGUCACCUGAACCUGGCUAUGGGUGAAAAUGUCUAAAUACAUCAUUAAAUACUGUAUCCAGCCGACUGUUGUAUAUGACCCAGUUUAUAGAGAACAUUCGUACGUAUCGCAUGAAGCAUCUGCUAACACACUGAGCCAACGUGUUACUUUGGUGUUGCUGUUUCAAUGUGGUUCAACAUUAAAUGAAAAAAAAUAAAGAAUUGUCAACACCUGG